CUUUUCGCGACCGGCCCCAGAUCUUGCUUAUUGAGCUGCCUUUCUUCGACCCUCUCACUUCGAUCCCAUCGCUAGUCUGUCGGUCGCUCUGCUGAUCUCCGUGGGUGAGUGGAGCAUUCAUUUGUCUCUCCGAUCAUGGCGGACAUAUCAGGCAACAUGCUGAAGCGGCCUCACCCCGAGGACCAAGACAACAACACUCAGAAAAGACCUCGUUCCAAUCAUGGAUCCCCCAUGCCAGCCCAAGGCGCACCUGCCGCGGGCAAGGUUGAUAUUGAAAAAAUGGUGGCCGAAGCAAGAGCAAAAGCAGAAGCUGUGCGUGCCAGACUUCAAGCGGCAAAGGGUAUAUCGCCAUCGCCUACACCGGCUGCAUCAAGUGCCAGCCCUACGCCUCCUGCCGCCAGUCCAGCCAUGUCGAGAUUGGAACAAAUGAAAGCUAGAGUGGCAGCAGCGACCAGUCGCGCCAACGCUGCUCCUCCGCAACGACCCGCCCCUACGCCGACGCCUCAACCUCCUCCAUUCGAAGAUGAAGACGAUGGCUCGUCGCGAGCUCGAGGUGGUCUGGAUGUUGGUCUUCACCCCGCUUUGCUCUCCGAUACACUCGAGUUCCGGGGUGCGAAAGGACGGCAGACUUCCCAAAACAAGAGCCGACGUACAGAAUCGCCAGCUACCGCGGGGAGGCCAGAUCGAGCCGGACUUGAUCUAUCGGGGCCGUCUAUAGAGGAAAUCAAGAACAACCCAUACUUUGACCCGAACCUUGGUCCGAAGGCAACAGUAGCGAAGCCCCGACAAACGCGACAACUCAUUUUCAACCAGAAGGGCAAAUAUAUACAGCAGGCCGCUGCUCUCCGUCGGCAGGCUCAGUUGGAGGCUAUGAAGAAGCGGAUUGCGGAGAGAGCACGGCAGGCGGGGAUUGAUGAAGACUUGGAUGUUGAAAAGGCUUUCCUCGUGCCAGCCCCUCCUGCAAUUGAAUGGUGGGACGAAGGCCUAGUAAACGGCGAGGAUUAUUCUAGCAUCGAAGAUGAACAAAACCUCAAGAUCGACACGCCUGACUCGAUUAUCACGCAAUACGUACAACACCCAGUUCUUCUCGAUCCUCCGCAGGAAAAGCUACUACCAGCACAGAAGCCUAUGUAUCUCACGCCAAAGGAACAGGCGAAGAUCCGUCGCCAGCGCCGCAUGGCAGAUUUGAAGGAACAACAAGCGAAGAUCCGACUGGGUCUCGAGCCUGCGCCUCCACCGAAGGUCAAGAAAUCGAACCUGAUGCGAGUCCUGGGUGAACAAGCCGUCAAGGAUCCCACGGCCGUGGAGGCACGCGUGAACCGGGAAAUCGCAGACCGUCGUGAGAAACACGAGACUGCGAACGCGGAGCGCAAACUUACCAAAGAAGAACGCCGAGAGAAGCUUGCCCGGCAACAGGAGGCCGAUGCAGAGAAGGGUAUUCAAAUGACCGUUUAUCGAAUCGACAGCCUCGCCAACGGGCGGAACCGCUUCAAAAUCAGCAAGAAUGCCGAACAGAACGCUCUCACAGGAGUAUGCGUCAUGCACCCUCGCUUCAACCUCGUGAUUGUCGAGGGGGGCUCCCACUCUAUCAACAACUACAGAAAGCUCAUGAUGAACCGGAUUGACUGGACCGAGAACGCUGGCCCGAACGCGGUGCGCGAGGGCAACCGCGAGGCCCAAGCCGCCUGGCUAGCAGCUGAAGACGAGCAAACCGGGGAACUGAAAGACCUUAGUCACAAUACCUGCGAACUUGUCUGGGAAGGUCAGGUCAAGACCCGCGCGUUCCGGAAAUGGCUGGGUGCGCGAGUGUGUGAAACGGAUUCCCAAGCUAAGGAUGUCUUGGCCCGCGCGAAGCUGGAGAAUUUCUGGGUAUUGGCGAAGAGUGCCAAACAGAACGAGUCGUGAGCUCGAUUACACAUGACAUGGCAUGGCAUAGCAUUAUCACGCUUUCUAAUUACAAUUUACUCUUCUGUAUCAUAAACAAACCCAGAAAUA